AACCACACCAUCAUUCAAAGCUAGAGGGAUACAGCUAAGGAGAAAUAAUUGAGAAAGAAAGAGCACAUCCCACCACCAACAUCCGAACUUCACAUAAGGCUAGGGGAAUUAAGUCACUCAACACCCGAAGAACCUUAUUUUUCCUCCAAUUUCUGUUCAACCAUGGCCUCCCCUAGCAUCCAGAGAUCCUCUUCUUCUUUCACUUCUCGCUCUCAGUGGAGCUACGAUGUGUUUUUGAGUUUCAGAGGUGAAGAUACUCGCAAAAGCUUUACCGAUCACCUCUACUCGGCUUUGAUUCGUAACAAUAUUCAUACCUUCAGAGAUGAUGAAGAGCUUCCAAGGGGAGAAGAGAUUGCACCAGAGCUCUUAAAAGCUAUUGAAGAAUCAAGGAGUGCCAUUAUUGUCUUCUCAAAAACCUAUGCUCAUUCCAAAUGGUGUCUGGAAGAGCUUGUCAAGAUCAUGAAAUGCAAAGAGGAAAGGGAACAAAUGGUAGUUAUCCCAAUUUUCUAUCAUGUAGAUCCGUCUGAAGUGCGGAACCAAAGUGAGAUUUACGGAGAAGCAUUUUCCCAUCAUGAGAAGAAUGCAGAUGAGGAGAGAAAGGAAAAGAUAAGGAAAUGGAAGACUGCCCUGAGGCAAGCAAGCAAUCUAGCCGGAUAUGAUGCGAAGGACAGGUAUGAAACAGAACUUAUUGAUAAAAUUAUUGAGAACGUCCCUAGAAGCUUCCCUAAGACUUUAGCUGUUACCGAGAACAUUGUCGGAAUGGAUUAUCGUUUGGAAAGACUAAUAUCAUUGUUGGAGAUUGGGUUUAAUGAUGUUCGCAUGGUCGGGGUUUAUGGGCUUGGUGGUAUCGGCAAGACCACCAUCAUCAAUGCUCUUUAUAACCAAAUCUCAAAUCAAUUCGAAAGUGUAAGCUUGCUCACAGAUGUCAGAAAAGAAUCCACAGAAAAUUCUGGUCUUCUUAAGUUACAACAACAACUUCUUAAUGAUAUUCUAGGGACAACGAAGAAAAUAGUUUUAAGGAAUGUUCAUGAGGGUAUCAAAGAAAUAAGGGACAAGCUUUCCUCAAAAAAGGUUCUUGUUUUUCUGGAUGAUGUAGAUGAGCUGACACAAUUAGAACACUUGAUUGGAAAGCAUAAUUGGUUUGGUCCAGGAAGUAGAAUCAUCAUUACUACUAGGAAAAAAGAUUUGCUAACUAGGCAUGAAAUGAAUGAUAUGUAUGAAGUUGAGAAGUUAAAUUUUCACGAAGCUCUCCAACUUUUUUGUCGUUAUGCCUUUAAACAACAUCAUCCGAAGGAAGGUUAUGGAGAUCUCUCUCAUCAAGUAGUACGAUAUGCUGACGGUCUUCCAUUAGCACUUAAAGUUUUGGGUUCUCUAUUAUUUGGAAAGAGACUAUCAGAUUGGAAAAGCGAAUUGCGGAAGUUGGGAAAGGUGCCUAACAUGGAAAUUGUAAAAGUGCUUAAAAUAAGUUUUGAUGGAUUGGAUUAUACACAAAAGAUGAUAUUUCUCGACAUUGCAUGUUUCUUUCAAGGAGGUGAUGUGGAAGCAGUUUCAAGAAUAUUGGAUGGUUCCGGAUGCGAAGCGGAAAGUGGAAUAAAUGUUCUCGUUGAUAGAUGUUUCAUAACCAUUUUAGAGGACAAUACAAUAGAUAUGCAUGAUUUGUUAGCCCAAAUGGGCAAGGGCAUUGUUGAUGAAGAAUGUCCUAAUGAGCCAGGAGAGAGGAGCAGAUUAUGGAGACAUACAGAUAUUUAUCGAGUAUUGAAAAGAAACACGGGGACUGAAAAAAUUGAAGGGAUAUUCUUUCAUAUGGACACAUCAGAACAGAUACAGUUUACAUGCAAAGCUUUCAAAAGGAUGAAUAGACUUAGAUUGCUUAUCCUCUCCCACAAUUGCAUAGAACAACUUCCUGAAGAUUUUGUAUUUCCGUCUGAUGACUUGACAUGUCUCGGUUGGGAUGGAUAUUCUUUAGAAUCUCUACCACCAAACUUUCAUCCAAAUGAUCUUGUUUUCCUCGGUUUGAGCAAUAGUAACAUAAAACGACUUUGGAAAGGAAACAUGUAUCUUAGAAAUUUAAGGUUCAUCGAUCUCAGAGAUUCACAACAGCUUAUUGAACUACCAAAUUUCUCAAACGUGCCAAAUUUGGAGGAACUUAAUCUUUCAGGGUGUGUAAGACUUGAGAAUCUUCCUGGGGACAUUCAUAAGUUGAAACACCUUUUAACACUUAAUUGCAGUGGCUGUUCAAAACUAACUAGUUUUCCAAAAAUCAAGCGCAGUAUUGGAAAACUAGCGAAGCUUAGUUUAGAUAAAACAGCUAUAAAAGAGCUACCAUCAUCGAUUGAACUUCUAGAAGGUCUCCGCAACUUGUAUUUGAAUAAUUGUAAAAACCUUGAGAGCCUCCCGAACAGCAUUUGUAAUUUGAGAUCUCUUGAAGCUCUAAGUCUUGAUGGCUGCUCAAAACUUGACAGAUUGCUGGAGGACCUGGGAAGAAUGCCAUGUCUUAAGAUUCUUUCUUUAAAUUCGCUCAGUUGUCAAUUGCCUUCUUUGUCAGGUUUAUCCCUCUUAAGGAAACUAUAUUUAGAUCAAUGCAAUCUAACACCAGGAGUAAUAAAGAGUGAUAACUGCUUGAACGCAUUGAAAGAAUUAAGUCUAAGAAACUGCAAUCUAAAUGGAGGAGUCUUCCAUUGUAUUUUUCAUCUAUCCUCACUGGAAGUAUUAAAUCUAAGUCGGUGCAAUCCAGAGGAAGGAGGAACCCUCAGUGACAUGCUUGUGGGUAUCAGUCAACUCUCUAACCUUAGAGCCCUUGACUUGAGUCACUGCAAGAAGGUUUCACAAAUUCCAGAGCUUCCUUCAAGUCUGCGACUAUUAGAUAUGCACAGCUCAAUUGGGACCUCAUUGCCACCUAUGCAUUCUCUGGUGAAUUGCCUCAAAUCAGCAAGUGAGGAUUUGAAAUACAAGAGCAGUUCAAGCAAAGUAUUUCUCCCUGAUUCUGACUUCAUUGGCCAUGGAAUCUGUAUUGUUGUUCCGGGAAGCUGUGGAAUUCCCAAGUGGAUAAGGAAUCAGAGAGAGGGAUGUCAGAUCACAAUGGGCCUUCCUCAGAAUUGUUAUGAAAAUAAUGACUUCUUGGGAAUUGCUAUAUGCUUUGUUUAUGUUCCACUCAAAGAAUGUGAGUACAUACCUGAAAAUGAUUUUGCACAAACAUCAGAGAAUGAAUCUGGUGACGAAGCCCUGAAUGAAUCUGACGAUUUACCUGAAGCUGAAUCUUCAAUCUCCACUGAGUUAGAAUGUCAAUUGUCAUUGGGUGAUGGCUAUGGAUUUUCUUCCCUGUGUGUGCGACAUUUCAGUUUUCGCACUACUUGUAAAUGCUACCAUGAUGGAGGUGUAUCAGAACAAAUGUGGGUGAUAUUCUAUCCCAAGGCUGCUAUUCUGGAGAGCAGUCUCACCAAUACAUCCAUGUUUCUUUUGGCUUUAUUUAAGGACUCUCGUAAUCAUUUUAAGGUGCUCAAGUGUGGGUUACAACCUUUAUACGCUCAAGAUCCAACAGUAAAGACUGAGGAUGUGGAUGCUAGCUGCUUGGAAUGUCAGAGGAACGUGGAACACCGAAAGCUUUGUUUAAAGGGUCAGACAAUCAACCUACUACCCAUUGAGUGUGCCUCUGAAUUUGAUACCUUGUGUUUGCGAGAGUGCAAAAACCUUGAGAGUCUACCAACAAGCAUUUGGGAGUUCAAAUCCCUAAAAUCUCUCUUUUGCUCUGACUGUUCACAAUUACAGUACUUCCCAGAAAUCUUGGAGAAUAUGGAAAACUUAUGGCAGCUUCACUUGAACGGAACGGCUAUAAAAGAGCUACCAUCUUCAAUCGAACAUUUGAAUAGGCUUCAGGUUUUGAAUCUGGAAAGUUGCAAAAACCUUGUGACUCUUCCAGAAAGCAUUUGUAAUUUACGCUUUCUUGAAGAUCUCAAUGUCAAUUUCUGUUUCGAACUCCACAAAUUGCCACAAAACCUGGGGAGGCUGCAAAGCUUGAAGCGUCUCUGUGCUAGGGGCUUAAAUUCAAGAUGUUGCCAAUUGCUUUCUUUGUCAGGUUUAUGCUCCUUAAAGGUGUUAAAUCUAACUUGCUCAGGGCUAAUGCAAGGAGUAGUCCUGAGUGAUAUUUGCGGCUUGUACUCCUUGCAAGUGUUAGAUCUAUCUGUCUGCUGUAUAGAUGAAGGAGGAAUCCCCACUGAAUUUUGCCAGCUAUCAUCUCUGCAAGAAUUACUUCUAAUCGGGAAUCCUUUUAGGAGCAUACCUGCUGGGAUCAAUCAACUUUCUAGGCUGAGACUCCUUGAUUUGGGUUACUGUGAAGAGCUUCGACAAAUUCCAGCGCUUCCAUCCAGUUUGCGUGUCUUAGAUGUACAUGGGUGCAAACGGCUGGAAACUUCUUCAGGUCUACUCUGGUCUUCUCUAUUCAACUGCUUCAAAUCAUUGAUUCAGGAUUUGGAAUGCGAGAUUUAUCCUACAGAAAAAUCUUUUGCCCAAGUAAAUCUUAUUUCAGACGGUAGUGGAAUUCCAAAUUGGAUAAGCCAUCACAAAAAGGGAGCUGAAGUAGUAGCAAAGCUUCCUCAAAAUUGGUAUAAAAAUGACGACUUGUUGGGUUUUGUUUUGUACUGUGUCUAUUAUCCACUUGAUAAUGAAUCUGAGGAGACACUGGAUAAUGAUGCAACUUACUUCGAGUAUGGUUUGACUUUGCGUGGUCGUGAAAUUCAGUUUGUGGAUGAACUCCAGUUUUUUCCCUCAUUUCAAUGCUAUGUUGUACCACAAAUGUGGAUGAUUUAUUAUCCUAAGCUUUUGAUUGAGAAGAAGUACCACUCAAAUAAAUGCAGGGAGUUGACGGCUUCAUUUUGUGGCUACUUGAGAGGUAAAGCAGUGAAAGUAGAAGAGUGUGGGAUCCAUCUUAUAUAUGCCCAUGAUCAUGAACAGAACCAUGGUAAAGCAAUGAUAUCCACCGUUUGCCGGGAAUGUCAAGGGGAUGUGCAAUCCCGACGAAAGCUUUGUUUAAAGGGAAAUGCCAUCAAUGAACUACCCACUAUUGAGUGUCCCUUAGAACUUGAUAGCUUAUGUUUGCGGGAAUGCAAAAACCUUGAGCAUCUUCCCAGUAGCAUAUGUGAGUUGAAAUCCCUUACAACUCUCUUCUGCUCAGGCUGUUCACGAUUAAGGAGCUUUCCGGAAAUCGUUGAGGAUGUGGAAAAUUUAAGAGUGCUUCAUUUAGAUGGAACUGCUAUAGAAGAACUACCAGCAUCAAUUCAAUAUUUAAGAGGGCUUCAAUAUUUGAAUCUUUCAGAUUGCACCAACCUUGUGAGUCUUCCAGAAAGCAUUUGUAAUUUGAGUUCUCUCAAAACUCUAGAUGUCAGUUUCUGUACAAAACUUGAGAAAUUUCCUGAGAACCUGAGGAGUUUGCAAUGUUUAGAGGAUUUGCGUGCUUCAGGUCUAAAUCUAAGCAUGGACUGUUUUAGUAGCAUACUUGCAGGCAUCAUUCAACUGUCUAAACUGAGAGUCCUUCAAUUGAGUCACUGCCAGGGGCGUCGACAAGUUCCAGAGCUUCGGCCAAGUUUACGAUAUUUAGAUGUCCACAGUUGCACAUGCUUGGAAACUUCAUCAAGUCCAUCAAGUGAACUUGGUUUUUCUCUGUUCAAAUGCUUCAAAUCAAUGAUUGAGGAAUUUGAAUGCGACUCCUAUUGGAACAAGGCAAUCAGAGUUGUUAUUUUGGGAAAUAAUGGAAUUCCAGAGUGGAUAAGCCAGCCAAAAAAAGGAUCUCAAAUAACAAUAGAGCUUCCUAUGGAUUGGUACAGAAAAGAUGACUUCUUAGGAUUUGCUUUAUACUCUAUUUUUAUUUCUAUGGCUUGUGAUGAGUUGAAUUGCGAACUCAGUAUCUGUGGUGAUCAAUCUGAAUGCUGUCACGUGGAUGAUGUCCAGUUUUAUUGCUGCCCAAUUUGCGAUGAAUCAAGUCAAAUGUGUGUGACUUAUUAUCCCAAGGUUGCUAUUGACAAGCAGUAUUGGUCAAACGAAUGGAGACGUUUGAAGGCUUCAUUUCAUAGCUUGGAUGCACCAGUCGAAGUGAAAGAGUGUGGGUACUAUCUUAUAUAUACACGUGAUGUUAUCAACAGCAACAUCCCAGAAGAUACCAGUACUGAUUGUCAGAGAAGCUGUGACAACACAGAAGCCACCAAGCGCGACCAUCAGACAAUGAUGGAGUAUAGUGAUGAGCAGAGAAGUUGUGAUACCAGAUCAGCAGCAGAAGAUACUAAUUCUAAUGCACAAACAAGCUAUGACUGGACACAGUGCACUGAGCAUAGCGAUUCUCCCAUGGAUACAACGACACAGAUUAUUAACAGUAAUGUUGUUGAUGCCCAAGAUGAUGAAGAGGAUCAUAUGCACGACUGGUUGGAGCUUCUUUGCAAAUUUGUUGGAUGGAUAUGCUGCAGAAGAUGCUAAACAUUUAUCUCAAGCUUUUUGUGAGCUACGAUCCUUUCUCUUCUUCUUAGUUUCUAUUAUAUGGCUAAGUGAUUGAAAGGGGCUGAAAAUUCUUCCAAUGAUCUCAUUUUUCUUCUUUU